GCAUAUGCUGUUUUGAACCAUUUUGAACAGUUUGCCAACCAUUUUGUUUUUGCCAAUAUCCAUUUAUUUUAACUUUUUUACUUUUUGACGAUUUCCUGUUUUAAGGGAAAUAUACAGUGGUGCGUUUUAUAUUUGUAAUCAAUUUUAUUUCAAAUAUGACAGAUAUAGAAGAAACUAGUGAACCUAUACUUUAUGACCCUUUAAUAAAACAAUCCAGUCCCGCAACCCCAAUGUGGAACCACGUUUUAACACUAGGCCUACUCGAUUUAUACAAAAAAUACAGAGACCAAGUCGGUUCAUUUCAAAUAAAAUCAAUGAAAAAGAUGUGGGAAAAAAUUGCAGUGGAGAUAAAUACUCAAUUCGAUGUGAAUUUCACUGAAUGUCAUUGCGAAAAUCGGUGGAGAGUCGUAGAAAGAAACUAUAAAAAGUAUCUUAAUGGAAAGUUCGGCAGGAGAUACAGAUAUUUCGAAUAUAAGAAGGAAAUGGAAGAAAUAGUUAGGAAAAGAAACAUUAAUAUGAAUUCUAGUCCGAAAAAAACACCCAACCCAACGACGACCCCUGAAAUUAAGCAGGUACGUUUGCUAACAAUACCUUUUAUGCCUACUCCAUCGAAAAUGCCAGAUUUGAAACCGGUUAAUAACAAAAAUAAGGUUGUAAAGAAAAAUCCUGAUACUAAUCACGUAUUAGAACAAAUGAGGAGAGACAAAAAGGAAUUUUACAUAAACGUCUUAAAAUUGAGGAGAGAAAAACUGAACUUACUAAAAGAAAAGCUUAAUUUCUACAAAGAAACGAGAAGAGAAGAAUUAUUAUUGCAGAAACAACAUAAUGAGUUAUUAAAAGAGAAAAAUCAACUUUUAAAAGGUUCGGAAAGAGAAAAAAUACAUGUAACAAAAACUGAGCUUGUUUAGUGUUUAAGCCAUUAUUUAACUUAUAAAAUAAAUUAUAUAUG